AUGUCAACACUCACCGUUCUUACUUUGCAGUACCUUUGUCUUGCUAGCGUCGGAGUGUAUCUGGUGAAGCAGGUAAUAUUCGCCAAGAAGAAUCGCGCACCAUAUCCUCCUGGUCCUCGGGGCCUGCCUCUGGUUGGGAACCUUCGAGACAUGCCUCAUGUCAAGCCCUGGCUCACAUUCACUGAAUGGGGCAAGAAGUAUGGUGAUAUUUCGCAUAUCAGUAUUCUGGGUAUGCACAUCGUCGUGCUGAACUCCGUCAAAAGUGCGGAGGAAAUGCUAGACAAGAAGAGCUCUAUAUACUCUGACCGUAUGGUCGUUCCUAUGAGUGGCGAACUGAUGGGCUAUUCGCAAACUAUGGGUUAUCUUCGUUACGGUGAACGCUUUCGCUCGUUCCGCAAGAAUUGCCACCACAUCUUUGGCAAUCGCGCUGCCUUGGUUGACUACCACCCCAUCGAGGAGAUGGAGGCCCACCAAUUCCUGAAGCGUGUACUAGCAAAACCCGACCAACUGCGAGCACACAUUCGACACACCGCUGGCGCUGUCAUUCUGUGCCUUUGUUAUGGUUACGAAGUCAAGGAGCAUGACGAUCCUCUCGUUAACAUGGCGAAACGCGUUUUAGAACAAUUCUGUCGGUAUGGCCCCUUUGGUGAAUUUAUGGUCGACUUCCUGCCAUUCUUGGCAAAGGUCCCAGAGUGGUUCCCUGGUGCUGGCUUCAAACGCCUAGCCCGUGAGUGCCGCGAGACCGCCGAAGAGGCGGCUGCUGCACCCUACAUCUUUGUAAAAGAUCAGAUAGCUGCUGGCAUUGCCCCGAAAUCUUUUGUCUCAGAUUUGUUCAAGGACCAUACUUUGACUGCGGAAGAGGAUUACGUUGUGAAGUGGUCUGCUGGAUCUCUAUUCAGCGGUGGUUCCGACACAACUGUUUCUGCGAACUACUCUUUUUUUCUGGCUAUGACACUUUUCCCUGAUGUGCAGAAGAAGGUUCAGGCUGAAAUUGAUGCUGUUAUUGGCCCUGAUCAUCUUCCCUCCUUCGCCGAUCAUGCCUCCCUCCCCUACAUCGAGGCACUUACCAAGGAGGUCCUCCGCUGGAAUGCCGUCGUACCUAUUGUUGAACACAGCGUCACCGAGGACGACAUCCACGAUGGGUAUUACAUUCCAAAAGGUUCUUUGAUACUCCCUAAUAUAUGGUUCAUGCUCAAUGAUCCGCAGACAUAUACCAACCCCUCGGAAUUCAAUCCUGAGCGCUUUUUGACCAAGGAUGGAAAAGAGCCUGAGGCAGAUCCUCGCAAGGCAUGCUUCGGUUUUGGUAGACGGCUCUGCCCAGGUCUGCAUCUCGCUGAUGCAUCCAUCUGGAUAUGCGCCGCGAUGUCACUUGCGGUGUUUGACGUUUCCAAGGUUGUCGAAAAUGGCGUUGAAAUCACCCCUGAAAUUGACCCCUCAUCCGGGUCGAUCAGCCACCCCAAGCCCUUUAAGUGCUCGAUCAAGGCUCGCUCUGAAAAAGCCUUGGCGCUCAUUCAAGAAGAUACUUACUAA